AUGGGCUCGCUGGAAAGCGCAACCCCCGGGCACGGGGAGCAUCUCCCAGGAACCGAGAUAAUACACGAUGGAGAGGAUCACCUCAUUCAUGGAUCUGAAACGGGGAUAGUCCUCGUUCCUCAGCCAUCGGAGGAUCCCCACGAUCCGCUGAACUGGUCGACGAAAUGGAAGCUCCUAGUGAUCAUGACCCAGCUCGUGGCCGUUUUCGUAUUGACAGCAUCUGCAUUGUCUAUGAGCCCCAUGUUCCCUGCCUUCUCCGAAUCCUUCGAUUUGAACAACACUCAACUCCUGCUCAUCACCGGCGUGUGUAUCCUGUCCUUUGCCUAUGCCAAUUUGAUCGUCGUUCCCUGUUCCAAUAUCUUCGGUCGUCGCCUUACUUUCCUCUUCUUUUUGUCGAUCAGCUUCGCCUCAUAUAUAUGGGAGGCUCUCGCCUCGUCUUAUACCAGCUUUAUCGUGGCCCGAGUGGUGAAUGGAGCAGGGGCUGCGGCCUGUGAGACAAUACCCAUGCAGACUGUUGCGGAUAUUUUCUUCUUGUACGAGCGAGGACGAUGGACUGUAGCUUAUUUUACCGCGGCCUCUUUUGGCUCUUUCCUGGGGCCAGUAAUCUCAGGUAAUAUCACGCAAAGAUUCGGAUGGCGUAGCUUCUUCUGGCUAUCAAUGGCCAUGACCUGCUUCAACUUCAUUACUAUCCUCCUCUGCUCCCCAGAGACGAAGUAUCACCGUGACCAUGCGCCUAACCCACUGCGACAAACGCCACAUGCGUCUCUGACCCCAGAAGCCAUGGAAUCCCCCACAGAUGUCAGCCCGACCGUAGAUUCGAAGGAAACUUACUCAACCCAACCACUACCCCCGAAGCCCGGGACUGGAUCCCCCUCUAGCGCCCAAUUCAAAAUAUGGCGAAUCCCUGACAUGCGAUGGAAGGCCUUCCUCCUGCGAGACCUCCUCACCCCAUUCCGCAUAUGCCUCUACCCCAUCAUUUUCUGGGCUGCGGUGACAGUUUCCGGCGUCGCGAACUUCGUUCUCUUCUGGAACCUCACUGAAUCCUCCGUCCUUGGGGCCCCUCCCUACAAUUUCAAUGCGUCCGAAGUGGGAUACUCCAACUUCGCCUUUCUGAUCGGUUGCAUAGUCGGGCUUGUCACGGCGGGGCCAUUAUCUGACUGGGUCGCGGUGAAAGCCACGCAACGGAACAGGGGUAUCUACGAAGCGGAGAUGAGACUCUUGGCUCUUAUCCCCCCCGCUGGAAUACUGCUUUUGUCGGUGUUGGUUGGUGCGUUUGCUAUCCUCGGUUCAUGGCCUUGGCCUGUUCUUUUGAUAUUUGGGUAUGGACUCAGUGGCCUGGUUGUCUCGGCGAUGUCUAGCAUUGCAGUGGCGUAUGCGAUGGAUUCGUAUAAACCUGUCUCUGGGGAAAUUAUGGCCGUGGUGACAAUUGUGAGAAAUACGUGUGGGUUUAGUAUGAGUUAUUGGGUGCCGUCGUUGGCGGAGAGGAGGUUAGGGUAUUUUUUGCCUGCUAUGGUGCAGUUGGCUUUGACGUUUGGGCCGUUGGUGUUAGGGGUGCCGAUGUACUUUCUCGGGAAGAGGUUGCGGAUGUGGACGAGGAAUUCGAGUGUGCAUUUGUAUGGGGGUGGAUAG